UCGCGUGGCCACUAGUUUACUAGUUCUGACCAAGGGUCUCACAAAACCACGAUGUCAUGCGGUGCCAGCUCUUCAGGCUGAGCCUUCUGGCCUGGUGUGCGACUGCGCAGCAGGUGCAGCAUGUGAGGAUCGGCCUGCUGGGCGAUUGUGGCUUGGUGAUCUCCUGGAGUGCACCCAGUGCGCCCAGCAGCGACUUGAAAGAGGUGCGCAUCGAGGGUCAAUCGGUCAAGAGCCAAUGGGAAUCCAACUGGCAGAACCGCACCUGGCUGGGGACGAUCCUCCCAGAUCUGAAGGAGUCCCCCGUGACGCUCCGCGUGGGCGACGCGCCUCCCCUCGCCGUGACCCGCGUGCCCUGCACGGAGGGACAUCCUCCGCGGGGGGACCCAGUGCGCUUCGCGGUGGUGGGCGACUUGGGAGUGGGGCUGAAUGGCAGCGCCGUGCUCCAAAGGAUCCACUCCGAGUACUCCGGGCGCUCGUCGAACUCCUCCGUGGCCGGUGUGCUACACUUGGGCGACCUGGCAAACAAUCUCUCCUCCCAGGAUGGUGCUAGGGCCUUGCACUUCUUGGAGAUGUUGGAACCAUCCGUGCCCUUCAUGACCUUGCCAGGCGACCGCGACACCUGGCAGAUCUAUCAGCGGCUCUUCAGGACCUCAGCGGCACCGGACCAGGGACCGUGGUACUCCUUCACUGCAGGCUCGGCCAAGGUCAUUAUGUUGUGGACAGAGGCCAUCGCCGAGGCGGACGGAGCGUGGAAGUCCCGGUGCGGGCGCCGAGCGGCAACGGAGGUGGCUGGAGGAAGAGCUUCGAAAGGCGAACACCUUGGAGGCCCGCGCGCUGCGGCCUUGGGUCAUUGUUGCUGGACACAGGAGGGGGCCGCUCUACUGCUCGGUGCUCCGGCCCACCUGCAGCAGUGAGGCGGCCAAGUUGCGGGCAGUGCUCGAACCUCUCCUGGUGAAGUACAGUGUCGACCUGUACUUGGCCUCCCAUGUGCACGCAUAUGAGAGGACGUUCCACGUGCGGAAUGGCUCUGUUUGCACCGCGAAUGGCACUGAGACGUGUGGGCCCGUCCACAUCCUCAACGGUGAUGCCGGAGAUCCCCCGUUGAAGUACGCAGACCUGCCGGCACGCUUCAGCGCCCAUCGGCAUCCGGGACAGCCAGGCUAUGGCGAGAUCACUGUGAAUGCUACGACCCUCCAGUAUCGGCAGUUGGAUGCUGUUGGCUCGGUGAAUGAUCAGCUGUUCAUGACCAAGACGGUCAUCGACUUGGGUGCUGAGGAGGAGUACUUCCUAGAGGCUGUUGGCUGGCUUGCCUUUGCCACCGCACUGGCCACUGGCACCUGCGGGUUUGUGAAGUGGGUCCAUGCUGAUGGGCUGAAGCGCCGCAAUGAGGCGAUUCGUCACCUCCGGACAGAGAUUGCGGUGCUCAGUGGACUUCCCAUCAAGGCUUAUCACGAAGCUGAAUCCCUUGUGGGAGACUCUCAUGAUGCGCAUGGACUACACUGAGUGAUCACAGAUCCUUCGCAGCCAACGAAGCUGCAAGCUGCUGCAAGAAGCCAGUAGAAGCGG